AAUAAUAAUAAUAGCUUGGUUCGACUCUAAGAAGUAGGUAAAUCGGAACGGAACGUAACCAUAACAAAACGUCAAAAUUGACAUUUCGAUUUCGCUUAAUCCGCUUCCUUUCCGCUUAAUCGAUCGACCGACACGACGGCACCGGAGUCUACUUAAGUUUUAAUUUUUCGUUUGUUGUUGUUAUUAUUAUAAGAGAUAUUAAUUUUGGCAUUUAACUAGAAUUUUGGAGUUUAGUACAGUACCGAAAAAAAAAAAACAUCGUGACUUGCGUGAUAGGUAGUAGGGUAGGUUUCACGCGUUCCCUUGUUUACUAUGGAGUCGACAUCGCUAGAUGCAAUGGAGGAAGUGUGUAUAAAAUUCGAGCCCUGCUAUGAUAUCUGUGUAAAAGAAUCAACAGCAGAAGGAAUCGACGAAGUGUGUGUAAAACCUGAGCCUUGGCAGGACAUCUGUGUAAAAGAUGAGCCUUUUGACAGUGUGCGUGUAAAAGAAGAACACCCGUCGGAUGAGAAUGUUAAAACUGAACCGACUUGCUCAGAGGCGCGUGCCGUGAACGAUAUGGAGACUUCAGCGUUAUAUGCAGACCAUAUUGUAAAAGAUGAGCUAGUGCUCGGCCCAGAGAUAAUGGAGAGGCCAAUGCAAGGGAAAACUCAAGAAAAGGAGCAGAGUGGGAAACCCCGUAAUUACAAAUGCGGCCUUUGUAGUUUCGCAACGGCCAGAAAGUUUUCUUUACUACGUCAUAUGAAGGUUCACACAGAGUCUCACCAGUCUAAUAAAUGUGGGCUAUGUGGAUAUACUAGUAAAAAGAAACAAAAAUUAAUAUUCCACAAAAAGAAUUGCACUGGUAAUAAGCCUUACAAAUGUAGCCAAUGUAGCUUUACCAGUGUUUCUACAGGUAGUUUAAAAAUUCAUGAAAUGGUUCAUGGUGAGAAAAAGUACAAGUGUGACCAGUGUAGUUACGGGACUUACAGAAAGUCCUCACACGUACGUCAUAUGAACACACAUGCUCGUGUGAAGGCUCACAUAUGUAGCCAGUGUGGUUAUGCUGCUACCUCUAAACAUGAUUUAAGCAUUCACAAAACUAUUCACAUGGACAAAAAAUUCAAAUGUGACUAUUGUGGUUAUGCAACUGCUAAAAAGUCAGUCUUAGUAAGACAUGUAAGGACACACACCGGUGAGAAGCCUUUCAAUUGUGAAGAAUGUAGUUAUACCACUACCACCAAAUCAAAUUUAAUGCAUCAUAUUAAAAUGCAUUCCAGACAGAAACUUUACAAAUGUGGCCAAUGCAGUUUUGCUACCGUACACAAACGAAGUUUAAAAUGUCAUAAAGAUAAACACUCUAAUGUAAAGCCUUACAAAUGUGGGCAAUGUGAUUACGCUUCUGUACGCAAAAAUAAUUUAAAGAGCCAUGAAUUGACGCACACUGGUAAGAAGCCACACAAAUGUGGCCAAUGUAAUUUUGCUAGUGCACAUAGAAAUAGUUUACGAGAACAUGAAAAGAUACACACUGGAGACAAGCCUUACAAAUGUAGCCAAUGUAGUUAUGCUAGUAUUCACAAACACAAAUUACGAUAUCAUGAAAGGGUACAUACAAGGGUAUGCAGCGUUGAAAAGUCAUACAAAUGUGACCAAUGUGAUUUUGCUACUGUCCUCAAAGAUAGUUUCACAUCCCAUAAAUGGAUGCAUUCUGGUGAAAAGCCCUACAAAUGCGACCAAUGUAGUUAUGCAAGUGCCCACAGACAUAAUUUACGAACCCAUACAAUGUUACACACGGGUAAAAAGCCCUACAAAUGUGACCAAUGUAGUUAUGCAACUGUACGAAAAAAUAUGUUGCGAGACCAUAUAACGACCCACACUGGUGAAAAGCGACACAAAUGCGAUCAAUGUGAUUAUGCUGCUGUCCAUAAAAGUACUUUACUGAGCCACAAAAAGAAGCACAAAGGAGAAAAAGCCGGUAAAACCGAAAUCUGUCCUCCAACGACAUCAGAACUACUUGCUGAUCAAACUUGUGUGAAUAUUGAAUUCGUACCCGUAUCUUUUGAAGCGCCACCAGAUUGCCAGGACGAGAUUGCAAUGAAAAUAAAAAAGGAAGAAUUAUAUACAGACGAGGAAGACGCAAUUUUAUAUGCUACGAACUUUGAAUUAAGUAUGAAAGUGUUUUUUUAACUAUCUAAUACAAAUAAAUACAUAUUUGGGGUCAAUCUUA